AUGCAGGCUGCGGUACCAUCUAGAGGCACUCUCGGCCGCCUUCCAGCCCUCAAGGGGGCCCCUUGGGGGGCCCCAAGCAUAGGGGCCCCUAUUGGGGCCCCUCGCAAAAGGGCCCCUUUCGAGGCCUCUAAAUGGUGGGCCCCAAGAGGAGCCCGUCGGUUUGUUUCCUUGGGCAAUUUUAGGGCGUAUGAAGGGUUUUCGGGUGAAUGGACAGGAGCUCGUCGUCACCUCUCCAAGAAUCCUCCAGGGGCCCCUUUAAGCACAUCUGUAGGGCCCCCCCCCUCUACGGGGCCCAUUGGGGCCCCCGGGGGCCCCUCAUCCCACACCAACGGGGCCCCCGGGGGCCCCUCGGUCGAAAUCCGGCAUAUUGUUGCUGCAGCAGACGCAGCAACGGCAAGGGGAUGCCCCUGUUGCCCUCUCUUUUGGGCACAGACAGCCGCAGCAGCCGCUGCUGCGAGUUUUCAACUAACAUGGGAAUUGGCGGCCCCCGGGGCCCCCAGGGGGGGACCCCGACUGGAGGCCCCGCCCCCACAUGUUGCGUUACCUUUCUUACGACCGCUUUUACGGGCGACAGCAAGGCUGUCUGUAGCCAUAAGAACUGCAGCAUUAGCAACAGAGGCUGCCCCUGCUCCUGCUACUUCUGCUGUUGACAUGGGGAUUUCGGUUGGGGUGGCCGGUGGGGGCAACAGCAUUAUCACCUCUAAUGAGACGUGGGCCCCCACGUGUGGAGAGUGCCAGGGGCUUCCCCAGGGGACCAUUACGGUGUCUUCUUUGCUUGAGAUGCUGCUGCUGUGUGAGCAAAUGCUUUGGGGCCUCCUGGAAGCCCUUCGGUGUUCCCUAAGGGGCCUCAGCCGGCACCAGGGGGCCCCCCAGGGGCCCCCUGGGGGGCCCCCUCUGUCCUUCAGAGAGAUUGCCGCUAUCGCAGGGAUUUUUAGGUGUCUUGCACCAGCACUGCAGCAGCUUCAAGGAAUAGAAGCUACUGGAGGGGGCCCCCCUGAGGGGCCCUUAAGGGAAUACGAAACGACAAGGAGACGACUUGUUCUUCGAGGGGACCCUGCUUCUGCCUUUACAGCAGCAGCAGGGGAUCCCUCGGGCACCCCUCCUGAGAGGCCCCCUACCAUAGCGGCGUGGGCCCAAGAGCUGCAUGGGUUGUAUAGGGAGGUGGUGGGUGCGGUGUUGCUGCAUGCAUUGGGGGCUCCCCAGCGCCCUCGUUUGCCGCCGGGGGCCCUCAGCUUUGGUUUAUUUUGGGGGCCUCUAGAUAGAGAGAAGAAGGGGGGGGCCCCCACAGGCCUCUCAGAUUCUUCAGGUUUGCUGCUGAGGGCCUCUAUUCCUUUAGCGAGUUUGCUGCAUAUUCUUGCUGCAUUUCAGCAGGGUCCGGAAACGCGUUUGAGGGCCCCCCUCGGGCGGGGACCUCCAUCGGACCUAGGAAGAGAGGGCCCCCCCGCAGCACGAGAGCCCUUACCUUCCUCAAGGGCCCCCAGGGCCCUCCUUCAGCUUCUUGAAAGAAUCAUAUGGGAUACCCAAGGAGACUGGGGGUGCUCACCGGGGUCCCCAAUACUGCGGAAGGGGUGUUUGCCUGCUGUUGCUGCUGCUGCAGAUAUGCAGCAGCAGCGACAGCUGCUGCAACAGUGGCAGGAGCAGCAGCACGACGAUGCAGCUACGACAGAAGUUGAGCGGCUAGUGUUUGCUGCUGCAGUGCUGGCAGAUGCUCGUGCCGAAGGGGGCCCCCCUAAAGGGACCCAGGGCCCUUUCUUCCUGGUGCGGCUGAAGGAGCAGCUUGAGGGAUCCCUUAGGGCUUUGUCCCUUGUCAGUGAUGCUCUGCUGCAGCGCAUUGAUGCAUUUCUAACAACAACUCCGCAGGCACUGGUUGUUUCAUGUGGGGGCCAUGCUGCAGACCUUCUAGGGGGGCCACCCCCUCCCCCUCUAUUCCCAGAGGCUACGCUGCGGGCUGUGCUUCCUGGGGGCCCCUUGGGGCCCCCAGGGGCCCCAGGGCAUGCAGCAAUUUGCCUGUUGCCGCUGCUGCUGCUGCAGUCGUUUGCACGCGCGAGCUUUGUACACGACAGCCUUGUUGCAGCAAUAUGCCACUACCUAGUGAGGCCUCUGGGGGGGCCCCCAACGGUGAGCUGUUCUGUAGGAGGUGGAAGGGGGCCCCCACGGGGUUGUCUGGGGACGGUAGGAGUUACUGAAGGGGAUUCCCUGGCGGCUGAGGGUUUAGCUGUGGGGGGCCCUCCUCCAGCAGCAAGUCGACGGGGCCCGCACUCCUUCUGUUUAUUAGACCUGUGGCCAUCUACUGCUAUUUGCUCUCUUGCAGAUGCAUUAAGGGUACUGGAAGCCCCCCACCCUCCUUUCUGGCGUUUCCUCUUCUCGCAUUACAUGCCCCCAGAGGGCCCCCCAAACAGUCUUCACGGGGGGCGCUCGUUAAAUUGCAGCAAUAAGAGCACCAACCACAACCACAAUCGCAACCGCAGCCGCAGCCGCAGCAGCAGCAGCAGCCACCGCAGCCGCAGCAGCUUCCCCGCACCCAUUGCUGCAGCAGCUGCUGCUGCUACGGCAACAGCAGCACAAAGAUCUAUGACUGAGGCAGCAGAAGCAGCCUGCGCUCUAGUACCCUGUGAAUUGGAGGGUAAGGAAGCCCCUUGGGGGCCCCUAUUAGAAACGUGGGACUCCGCUGUAGGGUGGACAAUACGGUCUACUAAGAGACAGCGGCGCCUCUUGCGUUUGCUGCUGCUGCAGGGCCCCCCCAACUUGAGGGGUCCCCAGGCCUUUAGGCAUGCAUUCGUUCGAGGUUUCUCGCGCUGCAGCAGGCGGGAGCUACUGCAGCUUCUUGUUGCAGUAGCAACUUCAGGGGCCCCCCCACCGAGUCCUGAGUGGCUGCAGCACCUGAUUAUGCUGCUGGUGCAGCACAGGGGAAGCUGUGCCAGUCAGCUGCGAGCAGCAGGAGCAGCAACAGAAGCAGCAUCAACGGCAGAUGCAGCAAUGAUAGAUGCAGAAACAACAGCAACAGCAGCAGCAACAGCAGCAAUUGAUGCAGAAGGGAUUGAUUUAGCUAUGUUGGGGUUUGCCUUGCCUUAUUUCCCACCCCUUUCGAUGCUGCCAAUCUUUCCGUUUCCUACAAAUAAAAAGAGAGGCAACAGGGGGCCCCCUUUAGUGUUUCCUCAGGGUCCCUCUGAAGGAGAGGUCCCCCAAGGGUACCAAGAAGGAAGGGGCCAUCAACGGCCCCUAGAAAGGGCGUCCCCCACAGCCUCUGGCAAUUCUUGUUGUUCGUUUUCUUCUCAGUUGCCUCUUUGGGGCCCCCUUACCUCUGCUUCCCUUAGCAAAGUCCCUGUGGCUGCGCUACCGAGCCUCCUCUUGGGGCUGGUGUUGCAUGCCCCUCCCCCUCAGCAGCAGUUGCAGCAACGGGCAGCAGGCAAAGCCCUUACCGACAGCAGCAGCAGCAGCAGCAGCAACAGCAACAGCAACAACAACAGCAGCAGCAGCAGCAGGGCCACAAGAUGUGUGGUGGACGGUCCCCGCCUUCAGUGGGGGUCUCUACAGGUUCUUGCUGGAGUCCUUGAGGAGACAGCUGGGGGUCUGCUGGCCCUCUGGCUGCACCAAUACUCCCCACAACACCUGAAGGGGGCCCCCCUUGCUGCAGCCUUCGGCAUCAGAUGCAGCAGAGCCAAGGAAGGGGACUGUCCCUUCAACACAGGAAAGGGCUCUCCCCACCACCAGGGGCCGCCAGAUAAGGCCUUCACAGGGAUGGCAGCAGCAAGGCUAUGCAGACAGUCUUUAAGUGCUGCUCUCUCCCUUGUUCUUCUCACAAAGGUCAUUACUGUCGAUGCAGCAGCAGCAAGCGCAGCAGCAGCAACAGCAGGUGGUGGUAUGAAGACACGAAAUGCGCAACAGCACCAACAGCAAGGAGAGCAACACCUGCUGCAGCCGCUGCAGAAACGAGUCAACGGGCGCCGUCGCGUGCUGUUGUUGCGGAGGCAGAGGCCCCCUUAUUUGUCUCAUUUCUGUCUCCUGCAGCUGCUGCCUCUCCGCAUGCUGCGUCACCUGCUGCUGCUGCUGAUGCUGUCUGCAGAACCGCUUCUCUGGGGGGCCCCAGAGGGGCCCCUGGUGCAGCAGAUGGAAGCCCUCUUAGCGCAGCUACACCAGGAGCAGCAGCAGCACCUCCCCCUACAGCACAAGGAAGGCCCUUUACUAGCGCCAAAUGUAACGCAGUGCAAAGAGGAUGUAGCAGCAGCAAGAAAUAACGAAUCGCUGCUGCUGCUGCAGCAACCCCUGGGGCCCUUAAGAACCUUGAACGGUCUUCUGCACUCGGUGCAGCACCAGGAGCAGCAGCUGCAGAAGGAGCCUGUGGGACGGCAGAAACUACAGCAGCAGCAGAAGCUUGUGGUAGGGGGCCCUUCCUCUUCUGAGUUCCAGCGCGAAGUUGCAGCAGUUGUACAGGGCCUCAGCAGCAGCAUCAGCAGCACUACUCUAAGUACUAACUUGGCACGAGAAGUUGCUGCGGGGCCCUACUACAUAGACAUUGUUUUAGGGGCACCGGAGAACUUGACAGGCAAAACCUAA